CUAACAUUAUGACACUUUGUAAGUUGUUAGGAAGGAUCAAUCCCAAGAAACCGUGUCAGCAGCCAUUUCAAGCAGAUUCCUUAUGACACUUGGCUUUGAAAAUUUCUCCAAUGAAUACUCAGCAGCCAUUUCAAGCAGAUUCCUUGUGCAAUUCGACUUCUGCAGCUCCUUCAAAUCCUCUGGGAGGUGAAGAUAGGAUGGCUGUAGGAGUGCGAAGUAGGUCUACUCGUGCUCCCCCUUCUUCACUCUUGAUAAGAAUGGCUAUGAGGAUAUCAAGAGCAAGGUGGUUCUCCUUCUUGAGAAGAAUUUUUCAUUAUCAGAAUGGGUCCAGAUCUGAUCUUGGGUCCAAUCCUUUCAAUUCUAGCACUUGGAUGAUGCUGGAGUUCUUGGCUUUGGCUAUUCAAAUAACCAUCAUAACCUUCACUUUGGCCAUAUCCCAGAGGGAGAGGCCUGUUUGGCCUAUGAGACUUUGGAUUGUUGGAUAUGAUAACGGCUGUGUUCUCAAUCUGCUGUUACUCUGCGGGCGUUAUCACCAUGUUCACAUGAGUUUAGGAGAUGGUUUUGGCCUUUCAGAUCUGGAACAACAAAGGGGAAAUGAAGAAUCCAGGAGCACGCAUUUGAUGAGCAAAUGUCGGACUUCACUUGAGCUGUUUUUUGCAAUAUGGUUUGUGAUGGGAAAUGUUUGGGUGUUUGAUUCCUGGUUUGGAUCAUUCCACCAUGCUCCAAAUCUCCAUAUUCUCUGCAUCUCUUUGCUAGCCUGGAAUGCUCUCAGCUACUCAUUCCCAUUCCUGUUGUUUCUAUUUUUAUGCUGUCUUGUGCCACUGAUCAGCAGCCUACUUGGGUACAACAUGAACAUGGCGUCAACUGAGAAAGGAGCAUCUGAUGAUCAAAUUUCCCAGUUACCUAGCUGGAGAUAUAAAGCAGUCAAUAACGAUGUAGAUGUUGGCAAUGAAGUAGACUGCAUUCCAACCCAUGAAAUUGAAGAUGAUCUGGUAAGUCAUUAGCCUGAAUAACAGAAUCCUGGAAUCUUAAUUAAAGCCAAAGCCAGCUAACUUGUGCUUGGAAUUAACACAAACAAGAAUGUUGUAUCUGCCUUGCCAAGUAUAGAGUCAAGGAGAAGGUGAGGCAGCUGCCAUGUUGUCAUAUAUUUCACCUCAAGCGUGUGGAUCAGUGGCUCAGAUUCAUCUCUAGUUGUCCUGAGUAAACAAGAAGUGAACAGGUAGAAAAAGAAAGCAAAAUAUGAACAACAAGUAGUGAUUCUUCACCAUUUUUUCUCUCCGAGUUUCUUCCUUUGGUUUGUAUAUUUUGCGAGGUUACUCUACGUGAGUGAGUUUUUGUAUGUAUUUACAAUGUUGCUCACCUCUCCAGUAACCAGAAGGAAAAGCAAAACAGAACACUAUACAUAAACACGAGUAUAGAUUGUAGGAAUCUGUAUAGCUGAAGAAAGAUACAGAUAC